UCUCCUAUUGCUCUCCCAGAGGGAAAGCAAAAAAAAUCUGAGUUUCCAAAAAAUCAUUAUUCUUUUAUCAACGAGAUUCCGUCGGUCCGAUCCGCAAUCUUUGUCUCUCUCUUCCAGAAAAAAAAUUCUCUUACUCACACUCUCUCCUAUAUAUGCUCUAAAACUUUUGUUCCAGAUAACAAUUAUGGAUGGAAACACUGUUUCUAGAUUAAUGGGAAACGGAGCUCAUCAGAUCAACAGGAAGAUUCUGCAGACGUUUCAAAACAGCUUUGUUCAGGUGCAAAACAUAUUGGACCAAAACAGAUUGCUGAUUAACGAGAUAAACCAAAAUCAUGAGUCCAGAAUUCCAGACAACCUCGGACGAAACGUUGGUUUGAUACGAGAAUUGAACAAUAACAUGAGGAGGGUCGUUUAUAUUGAUAUUAAUCUCUCUAACAACUUCUCCAAAUCCAUGGAAACUUUGUCAGAGGAAGACUCAGCCGAACGAGGAGGAGGCGAGAAGAGAAUCAGGCCUGCUCUGAACUAGAGUUUUUAUAGUUAAGCUAGAGAUUGGGGGUUGUUUCUGCGUCAUUUGUUUUCUAUGUGGAUUAAAUGCAAAGAAAGUCAGAGUUGGAGGAGGAGGGGGAAAGGAAGCCGAGUGCUAAUAUAAAUCUCGUUUUCUGUUUGUCAACAGUUUAUUUAA